ACUAGUUCUAAACCAAAUAGCCCUCAGCCAACCAGACACGAAUCAACUGGGUAUGAAUCAAUCAAGCUUACCAGACAUGAACCAGCCAGGCAUGAUCUUACGUGGUAUGAACCAAUUGGACAUGAACCAACCAAGUACAAGCCAACCUGACACUAACCAACUGAGUCAACCAGGCCUGAGUCAACUUGGCAUGAGGCAAACAGUCGUGAGCCAAUCAAGCACGACCCAAUCAGGCACAAGUCAGCCAGGCAUGAGUCAAUCAGGCAUGAGUCAACUGCAACCAGACCCAAGCAAAUCCAGCAUGAAUGAACCAGGUAUAAGGCAAAAAUGCCCAAGCCAAUCAAUCAUGAGUCAGCCAGGCAUGAGGCAACCAUGCCCGAGCCAAUCCAGCACAAGUCAACCAGGCCUGAGCCAAUCAGGCACAAGACAAACAGCCAUGAGCCAAACAGGCAGGAGACAAUCAAGCAUGAGGCAACCAAGCGUGAAUUCUUUCCAAGAAUUGGCUGCCUGUGAAAACAUGCUAGAUGCAAUGAAGUUAACAGCAAAGGAUGUACUCAGGGGUGGCUUUGGGGACCAUCCCCUUUUCUACUGCUUGAUUGCAGAAGUACACAAUCAUCAAAAACCAUUAGGCAAAGUGACUGUUGGAUUUGCCAUGUACUACUUUACAUAUGACCCCUGGAUUGGCAAGUUACUUUACCUAGAGGACUUUUAUGUCAUACAAGCUUACUGAGGUCUAGGUAUUGGAGCUGAAAUGCUGAAGAGGCUAGGUCAGAUAGCCGUCAGAAGCCAGUGUAACUGCAUGAAGUUUCUGGUUGUCAUUUGGAACCAGGCUUCUACUGACUACUAUACUAGUCGAGGGGCUUUAGACCUUUCCUCCGAGGAGGGCAGGCAUCUGUUCAGGUUUAACAGAGAAGAACUAAUGGACACGGCAGGGGAAGAGUUAAAGAUGACUCAUCACAAAUUGUCCCAGUACAGGCUCCAAUAUUUAAAUGUCGCCUGA